AAAUGGAGGAAGAGCAUUUUUGUUCCUAUUUACAAGAAUAAGGGAGAUAUUCAAAGUUGUGGAAACUAGAAAGGGAUCAAACUUAUGAGUCAUACGAUGAAGUUAUGGGAGAGAGUGGUUGAACGGAGGUUGAGACAAGAGACUUUGGUGUUAGAGAACCAAUUUGUUUUUAUGCCUGGAAGAUCGACUACAGAGGCUAUAUACUUGGUGAGAAGAAUAAUGGAGAGGUACCGAAAUGAAAAGAAAGAUCUACACAUGGCUUUUAUUGAUUUGGAAAAGGCAUAUGACAGGGUACCAAGAGAGGUUUUGUGGAAGGUGCUAAAGAAAAAAGGAGUAAGGAUUGCUUAUAUUCGUGCGAUUAAAGACAUGUACGAGGGGGCUACAACGAGCGUGAAAAGUCAAACUGGGAUAGCAGGGGAAUUAUCCAUCGGGGUAGGAUUACACCAAGGGUCAUCGUUAAGCCGAUAUCUUUUUACACUAGUAUUGGACGUUCUUACCGAGCAUAUCCAAGAAUUUGUACCAUGGUGCAUGCUUUUUGCCGAUGACAUCAUCCUUUUAUGAGCGAAUCACGAGAGGAUUUGAAUGAGAAGUUGGAUUCGUGGAGACAUGCUUUAGAGUUGCAUGGCUUGCGUAUAAGUCGCACUAAAACAGAGUAUAUGGAGUGCAAGUUUGGCAACAAAAGGAGAGAGGGUAACAUCGAAGUGAAGGUUGGAGAAAAUACUAUACCCCAAGUAAAGAGAUUUAAAUAUCUUCGGUGUACCAUUCAAGACAAUGGAGAAACUGAAGAUGAUGUUAAUCACAGAAUUCAAACAGGUUGGUCAAAAUGGCGGAGUGCUUCGGGCUUUAUAUGUGACAAAAAAGUACCUUUAAAACUAAAGAGAAAAUUUUACCGUUCUGCUAUUAGACCAGCUAUAUUGUAUGGGACAAAGUGUUGGGCAGCAAAGGGUGAACAUGAACACAAGGUUAGUGUGGCGGAAAUGAAGAUGCUUCGUUGGA